AGGUACUCAGUAUAUAAGGACUCGUCACAAGAUUUGCUCGCGUAUUACUGUGUGACGCCUCUCUAGUGUCUCCGAAAUGAAGGUCCUAGGUGUAACGGUGAUAUGCGCGUUGCUGGGAGCGGCAGCGGCGGGUGCGGCGCUGCCGGUCGCUUCAACCCUCUUCAAGACCAUCAUACCAGCUCAAACUAAAUCCUUUGGAUAUUCUACUACGCAAUACAUCAAUGCUUUGCCGACCUCGUACCGCGUCCUGCGUCCGCAAAUAACAUACCAGUUGCCUCAAUUCAGCUCUGUUGCUCCCCAAUACACUCAUUACGCGAUCCCCGGUGGCUCAACGUACUUCUCUUCCUUUGCAUCCUUUCCGUUUUACCCUGGAGUAGCUUCUAUCGCUCCAGUUGCUUCCAUUCCCACAGUAGUAGCAGCACCCAGCUACCCGAGCCUGCAGCCAGUAGCUCCUGCUUUUCCAACGCAGCCUGAGACUACUCCCAUCUUCCCUACACAGCAACCAACACCCACAACCCCGGGUCAGCAGACCGGAGAUUCUGACACAGCCGUCGUAGAUUCAGUAGAUUUCCCAAACCAGGAUCAACAAAAGGACAAUAAACCUUCCGCACCCCAGUUUCCCCCUGCUAGCAGUUUUCCGAGCUACCCUCAAACUUUACAAGAUUUCCCGGCGAUACCCCAGGUCCCCCAAGGAUCAGAACAACCUUCAUUACCACAAAUCCCUCAGGGAUCUGAAGGACCUUCUUUCCCACAAAACCCACAGGGUUCUGAGCAGGGACCUUCAUUCCCCCAAAUCCCUCAGUUCCCUCAAGAAUCUGAGCAGGGACCUUCAUUCCCCCAAAUCCCUCAGUUCCCUCAAGGAUCUGAGCAGGGACCAUCAUUUCCCCAAAUCCCUCAAUUUCCUCAAGGUUCUGAACAGGGACCUUCAUUCCCCCAAAUACCCCAAUUCCCUCAGGGAUCAGCUGGCCAGCCAUCAUUCCCCCAAAUACCUCAAUUCCCGCAGGGAUCUGGCCAGCCAUCAUUCCCACAAAUUCCGCAAUUCCCUCAAGAGGGCUCUGAACAGGGACCUUCAUUCCCACAAAUUCCUCAAUUCCCACAAGGUUCUGCGCCAGGUUUUCCCCAAUUCCCGCCUUUCACCCCGUCACCAGCUCCUUCGCCUUCGCCACCGGCUACUUUCCCUGGCGUUGACAAUACAGACAAAGGCUUGAACGAUGAAGACACGAUAUCUGUUGAAUCCGCGUAAGUUUAAGGUAUAAUUAUUUUGUAAAUAAAAAACGAUAUUCACCAAAAAA